AAGCAAAACAUGGAAAUACUCAAACUAAAGUACCUCAGAAUUGUACUUAAGUACAGCAUUGAUGAAAAAGACAACAAAUGGGGAAGGAGCAAUGUGGUUUAAGACAGUUUUAUGAGCUGGACUUGCAUGGUGUUUGGAUGAAAACUGAACUAAUGAUAGUCUGUCUUAGAUUAAUAAAACAUUUUCUUUAUUUAUUGCAUUUUUAAAAUGUCUAUUACAUUUUUAUAUAUACCUAUACGCACAUGUUGAUCAAAAUACAAGAUUAAGUAAAAAUCAGGAACAGCUCUUUGUAUUUGUUUAAAUAUAUUUUUUUAAUGAGAAGAAAAACUUUCAGCUAUCUCACAUCACCUAGUGGACUUUUUGAUUAAAUUCAGCUCAAUUGAAAAUGCUUUAUUUGUACCCUCACUUAGAAGUCAUUAAAAACCAGCGUUCAUCUCUGAUAUCCAACCAGGAAACAAAGAUCAUGUUUGAUGAAACACAUCUAUUCUGACUUUUCCAAAAUGCGAUGAUAAUGUUACUUUGACAACAGUACAUGCAAACAUGGAGUUCACUGUUACGCAUUACUGAUGUCCUAAAUGAGGCUAAGGUCUAAUGAUUGAUUUUCACAUCAAAUUUAAACUAAAACCAGUUCACGUUGGUGUGAUUCCUUAAUUGGCAGGGGAACUAUAUAUGUCUUUCUGUGAAAGAAAUCUCUUGUUCCCCUUUUACAUGAAGACUAGUUUCUAAAGUCAUGAUUUGAAGAAAAAAUCAUCCUGUGGAAACUUUCUGCACUAAUGUACUAACCCUAAAUAAAGUCGUGUUAAGCUUUUGAAGAGCUUUGACCUUUACUGUUGUAUCUUUAAUGUAAGAUUCCAGCAUCUUUUUAGGAUAUUAACUGUAUGUAAGGUAAGGUAGGGCAGCUGGACUGUAGAGCCAUCAAAUGUGGAAGGUUAUGAUGAGGUUAUACUUUAAAGAACCACAGGGAAAAGAAGAGAAGUGAAACUAUAUUAUUAGAAAUCAGAUUCAGCACACAUUCUGACAAUUGUGUUUAGGAUAAGUGAAACAUGCUGCAUAGGCAGAAAGACUACACCUAUCAGCCACACUUGUACAAUGCAUUGUGAUUGACAGUUUGUGAUUCAUUUCUGUGCAUGUUGUGUAAAAUAUAUAUAUAAUUUUCACAUUAGAAAAAACUAUAUAACAUAUGUAAAAUCGUUAAUUAUCUAUACCACUUAUCCUUAAGAGUCACAGGGAGCUAGGUCCUAUCCCAGCUGACAAUGGGUGAGAGGCGGGGUACACCCUGGACAGGUCACCAGUCCAUCACAGGGCCACAUAUAGAGACAAACAACCACUGAUUCCACUGCAGCCGACUUCCCACACAUUAUUUUUCAAUGACUGAGUUUUUGAGUUUUCUCACUUUGUUUUGUUUUUGGUUUUGUUUUCUGUGUUCUCUUUAAGCCUUAAAUAUCUUUUUAAAAAAUGCCCUGUUAUAAGCUGCAGUCAGUUUGAAUAUGAAGCACAGUGUUGCUGAGCUCUGUCAGUUUUCUCUGGAUACAAAAAGCUAAAUAAGAGAAAACAUCUUACUGAUGGUAAGAGCACACCCACUGUUGAAUAGAAUAAUUAGACUUCCUCCUUAGGUUCAGUGGAUAUUUGAAGAAGACGGUCUUGUUCCCAUUGCUGCGUGAACCUAAAGACACUGCUGCUGCUUUUCAAGAAACUUGAGGGGAGUGUUUGGUGAUGACGUUACUGAAGAUUCAGAGCCUCCUGCCUCUCGCUGCUCUCCUCCUCCUCAUAUCUGUCACUCCCACAAUGGCUAAAGUGGUGACAUCAGUGUCACAAUGCGCAGAAUUUUUUCUCCAGCAAACCCCACCAUAUAUCCCAGAAAUCUUGAAGAACGGGAACAUCCUGGACCAGAACAGAUACAAACCCAUCUGCCAGACUUUAAAUGACACAAGAACGUUUGUGACGCUCUACGACACCACCAACAAGAUCCCAGUGUUUUCUGCUUACAAGUACAGAGGAAAUCAAAAGAGAAAGAGACCAGCAAACAUUUGGAAGAUAGAGCCACAGCUUGAGGACAGAAAUGGUGAUGACAACAUGCAAAGAGCAAAUGAUAAGAGGAGGUACAACCACCAGGCUGGGAAUACUGAUUACAAGAACCAAGGUUUCGACCGAGGGCAUUUAUUACCAAGCUCUUAUGGCUUUUCUGAAAAUGAUAAAGAAUCUACCUUUACUCUGACCAAUGUUGUUCCACAAGAAGGCACAUUUAACAAGGGAAGCUGGAACUACAUGGAGCAAUGUGUCAGAUGUGUUCUGGAUAAAUACUGCAUCAACAACAAUGACAUUACAGAGGGCUUUGUGGUAAUUGGAGCAAAGCCCAGUGACAACGACAUCCUCAACAACAGGAUUAAUAUUCCGUCCAUGCUCUGGUCGGCAUUCUGUUGCUACAGUAGGGAAAAGGGGUGGUUAGCAAGUGCACACUGGGGUGAGAACAUUCCAGAUAUUAAUAAACAUCUGCAGACAAAGACCUUGGCAGAGCUCCAUGCUGAACUGGGAGGAUCAUUUAGUGCAUUUCCUGGAACACAAUGUCCUCUUCAUACAACUGUCACUCACUUGUACCCACAUCUUAACAAGAACUGCAGUUGCCCACCACCCACUUCCAGUACCUCUGCUCCUCCCACAACUACAGCUACCCCAACAUCUGCAUCUCUUUCUACCACACCUGCCCCUCCCAGUAGUACAUCUGGAUCUCUAACUGCUACAUCUACCCCCCUAAGUACCACAUCUGGUCUUUUUACUAACACACCUGAUACUUCAACAUCUGGUCUCACAACUACCAUACCUGGUGCUUCAACAUCUGGUCCUCCAACUACCACACCUGGU